UGGUCGCAUUUCGUGACCUUCUCCUCUCGGAUUCGCCGGGGAUUCGGCCUCUCCCGUCCGAGUCCCCUAGCGGAGGAACGCGCCACCUACAGCGAGAAAAGUGAAAAUAAGGAUGAGCGCCAUGUCUGAUCCUCCGCUGGUGGAAUAGAGCGGACGGCAGAGCAAAUAUUCUCCCCGGGGCCGGGGGUCCCGUCGGGGGUUCCGUGUGAAUCAUGGCCGACAACGCUGGAAUGCAGCAAGGUUCGCCGGCCAUCGGGGCCGCGGGCCUGGUUCCGGCCGCUCCGGGAGCCGGGGGGACGGAGGGCUCCGGCGCCGCCGGAGGAUCCGCACGUAUCGCCGUGAAGAAGGCGCAACUCCGCUCUUCACCUCGGCCGAAGAAACUGGAAAAGCUCGGAGUGUAUUCAUCCUGCAAAGCUGAGGGAGCAUGUAAGUGCAACGGCUGGAAAAGUCAGAACCCCCCUCCGACCCCCCCACGGACCGACCAGCAGUCCAGCGCGGUCAACCUGCAGGAGCCUUGCCGGAGCUGCUCUCACACCUUGGGUGAUCAUGUGACCCAUCUAGAAAACAUUUCUGAGGAGGAAAUGAACAGACUUUUGGGAAUUGUGCUGGAUGUGGAGUAUCUCUACACGUGUGUUCACAAAGAGGAGGAUGCCGACACUAAGCAGGUCUACUUUUCCCUCUUCAAACUGUUGAGGAAAUCCAUCGUACAAAUGGGCAAACCGAUGUUAGAAGCACAGGACAGUCCUCCGUUUGAAAAGCCCAGCAUCGAGCAGGGAGUGAACAAUUUUGUCCAGUACAAAUUCAGCCACCUUCCCUCUAAGGAACGUCAAACCAUAAUGGAACUGGCCAAGAUGUUUCUCAACCAAAUCAACUACUGGCAGCUUGAGACGCCCUCUCAGCGACGCCAGAGGGUUCUCAAUGACGACGCGGCUGGAUACAAAGCCAACUACACCAGAUGGCUCUGUUACUGCAACGUGCCUCAGUUCUGCGACAGUCUUCCCCGGUACGAGACCACUCAGAUCUUCGGCCGGACGCUGUUGCGCUCGGUGUUCACCGUGAUGAGGAAACAGCUGCUGGAGCAGGCGAGACAGGAAAAGGACAAGUUGCCACCGGAAAAACGCACGCUCAUCCUCACACACUUUCCCAAGUUCCUGUCCAUGCUGGAGGAGGAGGUGUACAGCCACAGCUCUCCCAUCUGGAGCCAAGACUUCUUGGCAGGAGCUUCAGGAGGGCAGAUACCCAUCCGCCCAGUUAUCAGCGUGUCCCCCGUGGCCAAGCCAUCGUACUACAGCCCCAGCCCCGUGUCGGUGGAACCAUCCACCUGCGGCAGCGUCAGCCCCGCCAGGAAAGCAGCUCCUGCAUCGGAGCCAAGCGCAGAGUGCAGAUAUGGAAGUCCUGGAAAGCACCUUCCUCUGUGCCCAUGCAUUAUCGCAGGUGGAGAAAAGCGCAAACCCACUGAGCCUCUCCCCCACGAGGACAGCAAGAGACCCAGGGUGGUGGGGGACAUCCCGCUGGAGCUCAUCAACGAGGUCAUGGCAACCAUCACCGACCCGGCCGCCAUUCCGGAGACCAGUCUGCUGUCCGCUCACUCUGCACGCGAUGAAGCCGCCCGUCUCGAGGAGCGCAGGGGGGUGAUUGAGUUCCACGUUAUUGGAAACUCCUUGAACCAGAAGCCCAACAAGAGGAUCCUGAUGUGGCUUGUCGGCCUCCAGAAUGUUUUCUCUCACCAGCUGCCCCGCAUGCCCAAGGAGUACAUCACGCGCCUGGUCUUCGAUCCGAAGCACAAGACGUUGUCACUCAUCAAAGACGGCCGUGUGAUCGGAGGGAUCUGCUUUCGGAUGUUUCCCUCGCAGGGCUUUACGGAGAUUGUCUUUUGUGCCGUCACCUCUAACGAGCAGGUCAAGGGUUAUGGGACCCAUUUGAUGAACCACCUGAAGGAAUAUCACAUAAAGCAUGAAAUCCUCAACUUCCUCACUUAUGCCGAUGAGUACGCCAUCGGCUACUUCAAGAAACAGGGUUUCUCAAAGGACAUCAAGGUUCCCAAGGCUAAAUACGUGGGCUACAUCAAGGACUACGAAGGAGCCACACUCAUGGGCUGUGAACUUAACCCCAGCAUUCCCUACACAGAGUUUUCCGUCAUUAUCAAGAAGCAAAAGGAGAUCAUCAAGAAGCUGAUAGAGAGGAAGCAGGCUCAGAUUAGAAAAGUCUAUCCGGGGCUUUCCUGUUUUAAGGAAGGAGUUCGGCAGAUUCCCAUUGAGAGCAUUCCUGGCAUACGUGAAACUGGCUGGAAGCCUGUGGGAAAAGGGAAGGAACUGAAGGACCCAGAUCAAUUGUACAGCACUCUAAAGACCAUCCUCCAGCAUGUGAAAAGCCACCAGAACGCCUGGCCCUUCAUGGAGCCAGUGAAGAAAACCGAGGCCCCCGGGUACUACCAAGUCAUUCGCUUCCCCAUGGACCUUAAGACAAUGAGCGAGCGUCUGAAGAGCAGGUACUACACGACACGCAAGUUGUUCAUGGCCGACAUGCAGCGCAUCUUCACCAACUGUCGGGAAUACAACCCGCCGGAAAGCGAGUACUACAAGUGCGCCAACUUACUGGAGAAGUUCUUUUACACCAAGAUCAAAGAAGCAGGCCUCAUCGAGAAGUAGGAGGAGAAGUUAGGAAUACGACUACUGAGCAGAGCGGUUGGGUUUCAGAAACACAUAUCUUAAUUUAAAAGAUGCAAACGGGUCUCAGAUCGGCACUGUUUAGAUGUUUGACGCAUGCCAACCCAGAUCCUGAAUCACUAUCUUUGACUGAUCGUAACACUGAAGGGUGGGCCGCCCGAGGAGGCCUCAUCUAAGGCUUUAUUUAGGCGGUUGCUGACAUUAAGCACAAGUGUCAUCGUGUCUUCUCAUUUCAACACAUAUCCCACGGACCCAUGGAAAUACAGGGCAGCAGAAGGUGGAAGAAUCACAUAUUUUAACUGGGACAGAAAACCGCCGUUAUUAUUUUUGAGGUGGAGAAUAAAAAGUAACAAAUAGCGACAGCUGAUUGGAGAUUCACUCCUUCCAUCUGUCCUCUGCUUUCUUUUCUUACUUUCACCCCCCUGCCUUUUUCAUUGUCUGCCUUUUCCUCUCAGCUCAGGUAGAGUUGAAAAAGAGCAGUAACCUCGUCUACAUUGUAUGAAGUCGUGACACGCGUGUUACCCGUGAGGAACGGGACUGAGAGUUCCGUUUUUUCUGUCCAAUUAAGUCUGUUCCUGUGAGCAUGCAGCGAGGUAAUGAGGUUAAAGCUUGUCUGUGAUGAGUUGAUCCUGCCAAAAGAGGAAUACAUACUUUAAAUAUGUACAGAUUUGAAUUAUUUUAAAGCACUUAUACCCGUUGUAUAUUUAAAAUGUGUACAUAACAUAUAUUUUCUGUGUCAGAACAAAAACAAUCUUCCUUUCCCCAAUAAGCCACAUAGGGCAGUUUGACUAAUUGAAUGCACUUUUAUUAAGUAUUUGUUACAUUUUUUUUUUUCAGAAUUGUUUUUACACGUAAAUCACCGCUGUUAGGACUAAAUUCAAUUACCUACAAUUUAUUUGUAUUUAUGUUCUGUAAUUUAAAAGAAUUAUGCUUAAGACAAGGUCUUAAUUUAUUCUUUCUUAUUUUUGUCCUGCAGAAGGAGAUUGAUAACUUUAUACUUUGGAGAUAUAUGAAAAGAUUGUGCAAUACGAUGUAGUUUUGCUGUUUUGUAAAAAAGUGUUUGUACUUUUCAAAAUUUAGGAAAAAAAUACAUUUUGUAAGAUGUCUGGAAAAUGAUCUCAUGCUCUUUGUACAACUGGUUUUAAUGACAUAGUAUUAGCCUAUUUUAUAGCUAAUUUAGUGUCUAGUUUUCAACUCAAGGACAUAAAUGGUUUUCCCAGCCUUCACUUGUUACAUUGUUAUCACUUGCAAAUGUCCCACUACACAACUCGUUACUCUUUAAUAUCUGAUAAGGGAACUGUUUCACUACUAAAUAAUAAAAUUAUAGUAGAUAGAA